AUGGAGGUGCAAGUGGAUGGGCGUUCGCCGCGCCCCGAGCUCGAGACGGUGGCCUUUCCGGUGCUGAAGCUCGUCAGCGAGGCACGGAAUGAGCACGGCAUGCGCCAACAGGACUGGCGUCGCUACCGCGAAUAUUGUACGAAAAAAACCCACCGGGUCCGCACGACACUGCGCCUGACGCACACCGAGCACGCGCCGAGCGGCAAGCAUGCGCACAAGAACACGCGUAGCCGCAAGCGCCGUGUGCGCGUCACGCCGGAAAUGCAGAGCAGGGAGGCGAAAGGAAAGGGCAACGAGUUUGUGCGCCAGACCGUCGCCCUCGACCAGGUGCAGGACGUGCGCCCCCUGGAGCUCCUUCUCUUUGAGACGGAGCACUGCUGGGCAUCUGCCGAGGAGCUAUGGGCGCAGCAGGACACGUCAGACACGCCGCGCUCGGUCCUGCGCCGCCGCAGCAUUGCACGCGGCCGCCGCGCCGUGCAGAACGCCGAGCAGCUUCAGACGCUCGUCGACGCGCUCCCGGAGCACCUCGACAUUGCCGCGCGCGCGCAGUGCGCGGCGUACGUCGGACUCGUGCGCAGCGCAAUGCUCUUUAUCAAGGGGCACUGGGAAGAAACGCUGAGGCACUGCUCGGUCACCCGCGAGCUCCUCACCUCGAUCGCCGAGUGUGCGCCAACCAGCCGCGACGAGGCGCUGGCGAGCAGCUUCCUCGAUGCGCUCGACGCGCAGGUGCGCUUUGCGGCCUACUCGCUCGGCGACACCGAGCAGGACACGUCGGCGGUCGCCACGCGCGUCGCGACACCGGAAACGUGCGAAGCGGUGAUCCCCCACUAUGCCCAGCUCACCAAGGAGCUCAAGGAGGCGCACGGCAGCCGCUCGCACGACGCGGCGCCGCUCGAGCUGCACUGGCGCGAGCACACGAUUCCCGUGCACUCGUUCGAGCUCCACGACGCGGUUACGCGCGUGAACGAAGAGGAGGCGCAGCUCGCGGCCUACCUCGCGUCGAGCGACGAGGCGCCGCGUGCGCGCUCGUCUGCGCCGCGUGCGCCCCGCACGCGCCUGUCGCAUGCCGCGCGCAAUGCCAAGCGCCGCGGCGGCGCCACGGCUGCGAUGCGCCCGGCCAACACGCAGCGCGCCAACCAUGGCGAGCUGGAUCCGUUCGACCGCGUGCUCGGCGCGCUGAGCGACGCCGAAGAGGCUGUGCGUCUCUUGGUCGAGGAGAAUGCACAGGCGCUGCAAAAGAGCCACUCGGCGCGCUACGAGGCAGCGGGAUUGGACCUGCGCCGUGCGCACGAGUUCCUCAUGUACCGCUUGCUGUCGGUGCGCAUUGCACGCAACAUGCGCCUCGUCGACGAGGUGCAAGCAAAAGCGGCGAAGCGCGAGGACAAGGCGCGCCAGCUGCUGGCCAAGCGCGAGCGCCAGGCAAGUGCUGUGCCCCCGUCGCACACGCCGCCGCCCAGCCAAAAGCGCGCGGGUCCCGGCUCGCGCGCGAAGCGCGUGCGCGCCACGCCCAAGGCCGUCCAUCGCAAGCCGGGGCGCAGCGGAACGCGCGCUCUGGCCCAAAAGCGCCGUGCGGCUGCUGCACAGCGCGCCUGCGAUAUCGCUGCUGCCAAGACGGACCGCCGCAGCGUCCGUAUUGUGCCGGGUCUCGCCAAGCUUUUGGAAAACGUCGACAGCUCCCUGCUGGCCAUUGGCGGACUGGUGAUGGUCGAAGGCGAGCCGGACGUGUCGAGUCUCAUGGAGGCGAAGCGCUUCUACUACAGUGCGGUGCUCCUGGGGCACCUCGCACGCGCCUUUUUCCAGCACGCGCUGCACGCCGAGGCGCUGCUGCUCUUGCAGCGUGGCGAACUGUACGUCCGCCAGGCGGCGCAAGCGCUUGAGCUCGCCGACGGCGCGGAGGACCAGGACGUGGCCUUUGCGCCGCAGCUCCUCGGCAAGAGCGACGCGCUCCAGGCGCAGCAGGACCGCCUCGCGGCGCUGCGUGCCGAGGUCGUGGCCGCGGUGCAGUCGCCGGCCAAGCGCCACACGCCCGCGUCGCUGCGCGACACCAAGUCGGGACAGACGCUGUACUACCAGGCCCAGCGCCACGUGUCGUUCGAUCCCGAGGACCUGUCCCUGGCGCUGGAGCAGGCGCGCGCUACCGAGGGGGCUAUGGAGGUGGACGAGGCCGAGGCCGAGGUGGAGGAGGACCUUCCUCCACCCCCUGCCGCGCCGGCCGCGCCCGAGCCGGCGAAGGAGGCUGCCGACGAACCUACCGUGCCCUUUGGCGCAUACGACCCCGGAAAUGCAAUGCUCGAGGAAGAAGAGGCCGCCGCCGCCGCGGCGAGCCGCAGCCGCUCGUGGCUCGGCGGCUGGUUCCGUAGCACCUAG